AUGCCUGCGCAUCGGCGCCCCGCCAUGAUUCUUCGGGCUAUGCCCGGCCUCUCCACUCGCGUCUCCUCGCGUCUUCUCUUCCUCUUCUCUCUCUCCGCAUUCGCUUCUCUUCGCUGUCUCCACGCUCCCCCCGCUUCUCUCUGCUUGCCUUCUUCUCUCCUCUCUCCUCUCGCUGCGACACCGUCACCUGCUUCCUGCGCGGCCGCAGACUCCCGGCCUGGCGCGUUUGUACCCUCCGCGUCCGCUCCGCAGUUCUUCGCUCUCGCGCUUCCGGUGUCCAGCGAGGAGACGGACGUUUCCGAGGACCGCGACGACGACGACUUCCGCGACGAGGACGGCGUCGGCGAUGACGACGCCAUCCGCGACGACGAGAUCGAGGAGCGCGAAGAAGAUCUCCUCCUGAUGCAGAAGGCGGCGACUGCGGCGGGGCAGUCGGCGCAAGCGAAGCUCGCUGGGGGCUCUGAGGCGCGGAAUCAGUCCCCCGGCGAGGUCCGCGGCCCCGGAGACAGUGCCGACCCGCGGCUGGACCGACUUCUCCAACUCCGCCGUGAGGCGACGGACGCGCUGCAGACGCGCAUUGGAAAAGUCCUUGAAAACUUCGAAAAGGUUUCCUUCACAGACCCCGGCCAGAUCGACGGCAUCCUGUUCCGCGAGACUUUCCAGGACGAUCCCCUCGCGCGUGGCAGAUGGGUGCCGAGCGCCGAUCCGAAAUUUCAAGGCCGCUGGGCCGUCGAGACCCGCAGCGAGGCUGUGAUCGCUGGCGAGAAGAACCUCGGGAUGCAAGACAUGAAUAAAUUUCACGGGGUCGCGACGCGCCUCAGCUCUCCGGUGACAGACACCCUGAACUCACACUUUGUGUUUCAGUACGAAAUUCUUCAAACCCGGCCGCUGACGUGUGGAGGCGGCUACGUGAAACUCCUGGACUUCCCCAAGGAUAAGGCCCUCAAGGACUUCAAUCACUUGACUGACUACGUGAUCAUGUUCGGCCCCGACAUGUGCGGAUCCUCGAACGUCGUCAACUUCAUCUUGAAAAUUCUAAAUCCAGCGACUGGCGGAUGGACCGAGCAUCGCCUCGACGCACCACCGCGCCUGACGCCGUCUCCACUGUCGAAUCUCCUCACGCUGUGGAUAAAGCCAGACGACACUUUCGAGAUUCACGUCGAUGGCAGUGUCGUUCGCCAAGGAUCUUUGUGGAAGGACAUGCUGCCGCCUCUUCAGCCCCCGAAGACACUCGUUGUUGGACUUCGCGCGUCCGCAGCGGAGGACGAAGAUGCACAUGCAGGCGACGAGGCGAAGAAGAACUCAACAUCAGGCAUCAGGAAUCCUGCCUACUUCAAGCUCGAGCACGCCCAUCGGCUGCGGAACAUCAACGCGAUCGGCUUGGAGUUGUGGACUGUCGAAGGCGGCACGGCGUUCGACAACGUGAUUCUCGCAAACUCCAUCGAGGCAGCGCGGACCUUUGCCAAGACGACAUUCGACGUGCGUCGCCGGAAAGAGCAGGAGCUUCGUCUCCAGAUGGACACGGUGCAUCGCGCGUGGCGGCUCGAGUUCGCCGAAAAGCAACGCGCACUGGAGGCCGAACUCGAAAGCGAAAAGGCGAGCAGUCUGCCUUCCUCGUUCCUCGACGGCUUGCUGGUCACGCUUCAGCAAUUCGCAGAUGCAACCGGGCUCUUCUCCCCCUUCGUCCUCGCUGCCCUAGCAGCUUGUACCUUAUGCCUCCUCUUGGUCAUCGGACGCCAGCGCCCUCGGCCGAGCUCGCCGCGAGAACCGACCGAGAAGGAAGGGAAGAAGAAGAAAUGA